AUGUUUGCAAGACUGCGAGACGAAGCCACCUGUUCAGUUUGUCUGGAAAUUUUCAACUGUCCCAUUUCUCUCUCCUGUAUGCACAUGUUCUGCUAUAACUGCAUGCAACUUUGGUUGCAGGAAAUGAAAGAUCUGAAAUUAACCUGCCCCGUAUGUCGAGGAGAAAACCAGAAACCACCUUUGGAAGAAUGGCAAGUUAGUGUACUCUCACUUCUCAUCAGACAGCACCAUUUCCUCCUGGACCAAAGUCUGUGCAUGACAGAGAGGCUCUUGAAGUUCCAGGAGGAUAUGACUCUGGACACAGUCACUGCUAACUCCUGCCUUGUCCUCUCUGAGGACCUAAGGAAAGUCCACUGUGGGAAGAUCUGCCACAACUCGAUGGAAGAUCCCCAGAGAUUUGCCGGUAUGGCCUGUGUCCUGGGCACCCCAUGCUUUUCCUCUGGUCGCCAUUACUGGGAAGUAGAAGUGGAGGAGGGGAAGGAGUGGGCUCUGGGAGUCUGCAAGGAAUCAGUCGACAGAAAGAAGAAGAGCAGCUUCUCCUCAGAGCAUGGUUUCUGGACCAUUAGCAUGAAGGCAGGAGCAAUAUACUCUGGCUCCAUCCCAGACACCAGAAUUCCUGCAAACCCUGGCCUUAGACGCAUAGGAAUUUUUCUAGAUGUUGAGAUGAAAGAGAUCAAGUUUUUUGAUGUUAGAAAUGAUACCCUUAUCUGUACUCAUAGUGAAUUGUCUUUGGACCCUUUGCGUCCAUUCUUUUGUCCUGGGUUGCCCGGAGAAGAAGACAGUGGUGGCCUACUGAGCAUUUGCUCAUGA